CCCACCCCGAUGGCUGCCACUCUCCUCCACGCCGCCACCGCCUCGCUCCAGAGCUCGUCCCAGCCCGCACGCGCGGGCGCGGGCGCCGCCACCGCCUUUCACCCCCUCGCGUCCACCCCAUCCAUACGCCUCGCACGCUCCUCGUUCUCGUCCAAUCGCCGCCUCGAGGUUUCACUCCGGGCGGUUUUGGCCGGUCACCGUUUCGCGGGGAGGGGAGCACCCCGGGGCCGCCGCGUCGUCGCCGCCCUAGCAGGGGAGCCAACUGAGGGUUCAGAGGUGGGCGAUGACAAGGAUAACAGCAACGGGGAGAUAAAGCCCGAGGAGGCUCAGGAAGCUUGGAAGGUAAUGCUGGAGCAGUUCAAGGCUGAGGCCCUGCGGAUGCAGGCCCUGUCAAUGCAGGCAUAUGAUGUCUACUCCAAGAGGGCGAGGGAGGUCUUGCUGGAAGCCUCUGAGAAGCUGAAGAUACAGGCAGACAAAGCACAGAAGGACCUCAGCGUGAUCGCCACCGAGGUUAGUCAGGAGGGACAUGAAUAUCUGGUGAUGGCAGCUCGGAGCUCCCCAGACUCGAUCAAGGAUAUUACAACAACGUUCAGGGCUCUUGAGAGAUUGAAUUGGCCAUCAGAGUAUGAGGAUUAUCAUGUGGGCAUUCCGUUUGGUACCUUUCUUACAGUAGGGGGUUUCCUCAACUUCAUGUUGACUGGAAGUACCUCUGCUCUUCGUUUUGGUAUUGUUCUUGGCCUUGCACUGUUGACUCUGGGUAUCUCAAGUUUGAGAUCACACAGAGAAGGCGACCGUCGGUCUCGUCUUCUGGUGAAAGGGCAAGCUGGUUAGUUCAUUUUGAUUCAU